AUGAAGACCAAACUGGCUAUUGUCUUCCUUGUUGGGAUGGCAGCUGCCGACGACCAACCAGCCGGUCUUCUUAAUGCUCUCGAAGGCGUAGUCACAGCGGAAACGAGCCAAGUUCAGAAUGGAAUCCAGUCGCUCCUGUCACAAGCCGACUCCUUGAUCAAAAGCAAUUACCCCUCGACCACCAUAACCGAUGUAGCGUCAUUGACAUGGCCAACAACGGUGGUCAUCGGGUCUAAAACCUAUACCAUUCCUUCGACCGAGUCGACUGAAACCCCAACCUUAACCUCAACCUCGGCUUCUCCAAGCGCUUCAUCAGCGAUUGCUUCCACAACUGAAAAUGCAAGACCGGUCCUGACUUCCACAGCAUCGAUUGUACCCUCAAGCGCGGCUUCUGCAUCGUCAUCAUCGUCAUUAUCAAACACGUCCUCACAGAAGCAUGAUCCAUGGGACAAACGAUUGGGUAUCGUCCUUGGCGUGGUUUUAGGAUCGAUUGCUCUUGCUGUUGGUGCAUUCCUCAUCUGGUUCUUGCAUCGCCGUCGUAAAAACACAGGAAGCUUCUUCAAGAGAAGGCCAUCAAGUCCUUCGGACAACGAAGUCUUCUCUUGGCGCAAUAAUGCAGAAGCUGAGAAGUACGGCAAUCUGGAUGCACCACCAUUACUCCAACCGUCGAUGGCCGCUCGUGGUGCCUACACAACCAGAAGUCAGAUCAACGGCAAUGACGACAUGCACCUUGGCUAUGGUUACGGACCUGAUGAGCACAGUGGACCUGCUGAGCUAUCGGCUGAACGAUCUGAUCGUGGGUCUUUCCAAGAGACAACACGCCGAGAUGACCGACCACCCACCCCCUUCUCUCCAGAAUCGUUUGCUCCAGUGGCCGCUAGCCCUGUCAGUCCGAUCGAGCAAGAGCCCCAACGCCGGCGCAGCAGUGGCUUUUGGCCUCCACGAGGCAGCUCAGAAGGAUAUCGUAACCUUGAGUCCCCAUACAUGCCACAUCAGCCGUCACUUGCAGCUCUGGCUAGUUCAGUAGCUCAGGACUACCCUCAUCCCUACUACCAGAAUCCAUUUGCAAGCAGCGAAGACUAUGAUGAGGACGCAUAUGAAGACUCUUAUCACGAUCCUCGAAGACAUCUGAGUCCAACGCCUGAUAUUCCCUCGCGUAGCCCUAGGCGCCAAAGCUCGCCGAAAGUUUUUUAUCCCAGCUCAGAUGAAUUGGGCAGAUUCAACUUUGGCACAGAAGUAGGUAGAGAGCACAGGCCAAGCGAACUUGGAGCUUGA